AUGCCCCACUCUGCUGAUAUCCUGGAGCCUUCGAGGGACUCCAUUGCUGACUUGAACACUCACGAUAUGAUUGGCAAACUGAAACUGUGGUGUGCAGUCCAGCCUCCCAAAGGCUGGGAAGAGCACAUGUUUGGCUUGAGAGAUAGAAGAUGCUCCUUGACACCUUGUCCUUCCAUCACGAACACCCCAAUGCUCCCUCCCCCUUCCCUGUGCCUGGAUGACCAAAUCCAUGAUGAGGACUCUGCAAUGGAGGAGAUGGAGGAGAAUCCUGACAACAAUGAAAAUGAGGAUGACCAGCCUUCCAGUAAUGAGAACAAGGAUGAUCAGCUGUCUGGUAGCAAGAAUGAGGAUGAUCAGCCAUCCAGUAGUGAGAACAAGGAUGAGCUGCCAUCUGGUAGCAAGAAAGAGGAUGACCUGCCAUCUGGUAGCAAGAAAGAGAAUGACCGGCUGCCCAGUAGAAAUGAUGAUGACAAGGGUUCCAAUUACAAUAAGAAUGAGAAUGACGAUGAGAUGGAGAGCUCGAGUGACUCCCAUGGGGACAUUUUCCAUCCUCAUCAAGAAGGUGGCCCAAUCUAUACUAGACUUCAGAAGAAGGGCGAAGGUAGGGCUAUAGAUGCCAAGGACAUUGAUGCUGCAAACCACAGUGACUGUGACACCCAACUCCCAAACCUCAAGAAGCUGGGGAAUCUGUCCACAGCAGCAUUAGACGAAAUACAUGCUUUUGUGAAGGAUGCUUCUCAUACCAAAAUUAAUGAGGCCAACCUCUUCCACUUGUGGUAUUGGGCCAUGCAGCCCAAACCAGAUGGUGCUGAUCGAAAUUCAAUCAACAAUUUGAUUAUGAAGGAGUACAACACCCUCAUGAUAGGCAUCCCCAAGGAUGACUUUGCAGCAAGGAGGGAAAAGUUAAAAGCUGUCUAUGAGUGGACUAGAGUGGACAAUGCAAAGACACAAUUUUCUGGAUUGGCAGAGGCAUGGUCCAAUCUUGAGGAUAUUGAGAUAGUUGGAGUGGUAAUGUAUGUUGGACAGGACCCUGCAGGAUGUCAAACUUCUGGCAUAUUUGGAGGCUCCGAGACAAUAAGAAACUUCAUCAAUGAAAAUGGCAUCGAUGUCUGGUCACUCAUGGAUAAGUAUACCACAAUUUUCAAGUGUCUCAGGAAUGGCAAUGGUGCAGAUGCCAGGGUGGCUGGCACUGGUUCCAUUGGAGAUGUGGGUUCUGUGCUGGAACUACAUUGCCAUACAAAGGAGACUCCAAGAGACCACAACUGUAGAGUAUUCAGAAGCAUGAUGAAGGGGAAGAUGUUGGCUGCAUUGAGAGAUCUGUGCAUCACAUGUGGCAUUGAAGUUGGUGAUCCCCAGAAAGUUUCCUGGCACCAGCUUCUUGAGUUUUUGCAGAAGAGCCGCCUCACUAUUGUCAACUGGCUGCAUGGUGUAUCUCCACUGGGCCCUGGUUUCAAGUACAAGAAACUUAAGGCUGGCCCUCUUUGUCAACUUGUAGUGCCUUGCCUUCGGAGAAAACUGGGUCUUUUGUAUGAUGGGCAAACUGAUGAUGAGGAAGAACAAGAUAGUCUGGAUGAUGUGCUGGAAAUUGAGAUUAAGUGCUGGAACAAAGAGGUCAUUGAUAUUUUGGAUGCUGACCCUUUGAAGGGUGAGAUCGUGCUUGUCAAAGCUACCAAUGGUACUGUUUUGCAGCAGAUCUCAGAUGAUCCAGAGUGGCAGAAGUCCCUCAAGGAAAUGGAUCACCAGCAGCAAGGCAUGGAGCGACCCCACAUGGAGGCAUCAAAUUGUGAUACUAUUGGUCCCCAGGAUGCAUGCCCCAUUGCACAAGAUUUGCAUCAUGACCUGUCCACAAUUCCAAGCAAUGUGCACACUCAAGAGCCUGGCCCAUCCAAGCCUCCCAUGCCUAGCUCUGCAAUAUGGGGUAGGGUUUGGUUCCUAUGGAUCUACAUCAGGAUAAUCUUCCAAGCUGUCCUCACAUGCAAGAGGCCGGCCCAGCCCAGCAGUCUUUUCCCAGACAACAAGAUUCUCAGGGUGACCAUACAAACUAUUGUGAUCCUGGCCCAUCUAAUAUCCCAUAUCAUGUGUUACCUUCUGGCCUACUGCAAUCAAUUUCCUCCAUCUCACCAAGGAUUCCAUCGCAUUCCAUCUCGAACCAACCAUCCUUACUACAACAGUCCAUAUACUGAUGACUACUACCCUCCAACCCAGUCAGGUGAACCUCAUUGGGUUAACAGGGGUAAUGCUGCACAAUAUGAGGACAACUUCACUGAGGAGUAUAUAAAUGAAGAUUACUACUAG